AUGAUUUUAUUUGUAACCUUUAAUUUCUUCUUUUUCAUUUUCCCUCUUCCUACCUCUCUUUACUCCUACUUCCUCCUUCUCUACUUUUACUGCUGCUACCUGUUUACACUCACUUUCUCUUCUUUUCCUCUUCCUAUCCUUCUUUACUCCAACUUUCCCCCUUUCACUUCAUUUUCUAUUUUUACUACUGCCUCCUAUGUUUUCUAUCAUUUUCUCUUCUUUUUCUCUCCCUACUACUCUUUACUCCUGUUUUUCCCUUUUCUACUUUUACUGCUGUCACCUAUUUUCUAUCACUUUCUCUUCUUUUUCUCUUCCUACCCCUUUUUACUCCUACUUUUCCUCUUCCUACCCAUCUUACUAUUCCUCUUUUACUUUUACUACUACCCCCUCAUGUUUUCUAUUGUUUUCUCUUCUUUUCCUCUUCCUACCCCUCUUUACUCCUUCUCCCCCUCUUCACUCAAUAUUCUACUAAGACUUGUGUACAUCAUGCUUCAAAUCAGCUUCAUUAUUUUCUUCAUCAUUGACAUUUGCAAUUCUAUCUUCAUUCACUUUACUGUUAUCUCCUCCCUCUGUGCUCUUCUCUCUCUGUUCCUCCUCCUCCCACCGUCGUCUUCUUUCUCAGUUGCUCCUCCUUCCACUGCCUUCUUUUCUCCUUCAGAUCCUUCUCCUCCCCCACUGUUUUCUUCUCUCUCUCAGAUUCUCCUCCUCCUCCCACCAUUCUCUCUCUCAGAUUCUCCUCCUACCAUUCUCUCUCUCUCAUAUCCUCCUCCCACCAUUCUCUCUCAGAUCCUGCUCCUCCCACUGUUUUCUUCUCUCUUUCUCUCAGACCAUCCUCCUCUUCCCACUGUUUUCUUCUCUCUCUCGCUCAGAUCCUCCUCCCACCAUCUUCUUCUCUCUUUCAGAUCCUCCUUCUCCUCUCACCAUCUUCUUCUCUCUCUCUCUCCAAUCCUCCUCUUCCCACCAUCAUCUUCUUUCUCUCAGUUUCUCCUCCUCCCACUGUCUUCUUCUCGCUCUGAGAACCUCCACCUCCUCCCACCGUUUUCUUCUCUCUCUCUCAGAUCCUCCUCCUCCCACCCUCUUCUUCUCUCUCUUCCUCAGAUCCUCCUCCUACUACUGUCUUCUCUCUCUUUCAGAUCCUCUUCCUCCCCCUGUCUUCUUCUCUCUCAGUUACUCCUCUUAUCUCUAUCAGCUCUUCUUCCCUUUCCGUCUUCUUCUCUCUAUCAGUUCCUCCUACUCCCCCAUCUAUCAAUUCUUCCUCCCCAGUUAAACCUACUCCUUCACCUCUUUCUCUGUCAGCUUCUCAUCACCUUCUUUUCUAUCAACCCCUCCUCUGCCCUCUUCUAUAUCAGCCCCUCCUCUGCCCUCUUCUAUAUCAGCCCCUCCUCUUCCAUUAACCCAUUUCUAUUCUCAUCUCUAUUAGUCUCUCCUCCUCUUUCUUCUUCUCUCCUCCCCUCUAUCCACCUUUAUCAGCCCCUCCUUUCCCUCUAUCCUCUUUCUCCACCCUCUCUUCUGCUAGAUGUUCCUCCUCCUCUAGCCUCUAUGCCAUUAUUCUUCCUCCUCCCUCAUCUUCACCCCUUCAUCAUUCAUAUCCUUCUCCAUACUUUUCUGUCAUUUUUUUCUUUCUCUUUCACUAUCUUCUUCCUCUUUCCCUUUGAUUACACUCAUAUAAUUUGCCUUCUUUCUUCCAUCAGACACUCAUAUAAUUUGCUUUCUCCCUUCCUCCAUCAGGCACAUAUGAUUUGCCUUCUCCCUUCCUCCAUCAGACACUCAUGUGAUUUGCCUUCUCCCUCCCUCCAUCAGACAUAUGAUUUGCCUUCUUUCUUCCAUCAGACACUCAUAUGA